GGCAGAAAGAGAAAGGGGAUAGUUCAGUCUGUGAAGGGAUGUGUGUUGUUGGGGAGUGCUUCAGUCGCUGAGUUAUUGGUUUGCUGCUGUCAGCAUAAACAUUAGCUACUUUUUCUAUAUCAGUUCAUUUGACUGGUGGAUUAAUAUUUAUUAUUUUUCAGUUUUUUAAAUUACAGAAACAAGUUAAAGAACCUUUGAAAGAGUUGAGAAGAAGAGAAAAGGUUGGGACAACCUAAAAGUAGAUAAUUCUGCAGUUUUUGUCUGGGUUGGUUAAACUUUCUUGAAACGGGUAAGGACUCUUUUUGCUUCUUCACCAUGACGUGCAGAUGGAAGCUUCUUAUACUGGCUCUGUCUUUCUUCCUCAUCAUGGUGCUGUCAAUAUCAGCAGGCUGCCCUCUAGGAUUUUCAGCAAAGAAAAAAGAGUGCAUUGAUAUAAACGAAUGCAAUGAUGAUGUGAAGCCAUGUGGACAACAUACAAACUGCACAAACACAAUUGGGAGCUACUACUGCCAAUGUAAAGAUGGUUUCAAAAGAAGGACAGGGGAGGUGAAUUUUACAACUGGUGCAUGCGAUGAUAUAAACGAAUGUAAUGAUGAUAUGAAGCCAUGUGGACAAAAUACAAACUGCACAAACACAAAUGGGAGCUACUACUGCCAAUGUAAAGAUGGUUUCAAAAGAAGGACAGGGGAGGUGAUUUUUAAAACUGGUGCAUGCGAAGAUAUUAAAGAAUGUUUGGAAAUCAAAGCCAAAUGUGGAUCUAACGCCAAAUGUGUGAAUACUAUCCCCUAUUACUCGUGCACCUGUGAUGAUGGAUUCAUUUCUACUACUGGGAAUAAAAGCUUUCAUCACGAUCAAAAUGCUACAUGUGAAGAUAUUAACGAAUGUCAAAAAGGAAAUCCCUGUGGUCAGAAUGGAUUAUGUAACAACACACAAGGCAGUUAUGACUGCAUCUGCAACGCAGGGUUCACUAACUAUGGCAACAAAACGGCACGGUGCACUGAAUCGAACUGUGAUGUUUUCAAAGCUCUAAACGGGCUGGAAGAGAAACUUCCCAUUGUGAAGCAGCUCAAUAAAAGCUGUCAGGAGCUCACAGGGGACAAAAGUCAGAAUCCAUCUGAUCGGACAAACCAGACUGAAGAGGACUUAUUGACGAGAUUGCAGUCAGAAAUAGAUCAGCUCUUGUCCAGUAAAUUUCUCAAAGACAGAAGAAGAGUCUCCAUCUUUCUGGAUUUGGUGGAGAAUGUUCUGAGGCUAAUUGGAGCCAUGACGAAGAUGCCAGGGAGAAACACAACUUCCACUCACACAGAGCUGAAAAUGCUGGUACAUCAUGGGCCUGUUAUAUCCAAAAGAAACACAACUUUAUCAACUAAGCAUGCUCAGUUGGACAUCCAGAUGGAAAUGGCGGCUGGAGAACCUGCCUAUUACCCUGGCUUUACAACAGUGUCCUUGAUGAGCUACUCAAACCUGGAAGACUCUACAGAUACCUUCUUUGAUGGGAUCAAACCACAAAAGUACCAGAGCUUUAAAAUAAACUCCAAAGUGGUGACUGUCACUGUUAGCAACAGAAAUACAAGCCACCUCAAAACGCCAGUGAAUCUGACUUUGGACCACUUGAUACAGAAAAAUCAAACGCACAUCUGUGUGUUCUGGGAUUCCUCGGUGAACGGAGGAUCAUGGUCUGAUCGUGGCUGCGAUGUGGUGAAGUCAAACCCGGAAUAUACUGUGUGUUCCUGUAAUCACCUGAGCAGCUUUGCUGUACUGAUGGCCCUCUAUGAGAUGGAGAAUAAGUUCGAGUUGCAGCUGAUCACCUGGGUGGGCCUGUCCAUUUCACUGAUUUUCUUAUUCAUCUCCAUCCUGACAUUCUCAAUGAUCCGCUCCAUUAAAAGCACAAGAACCACCAUCCACCUGCAUCUCUGCAUCAGCCUCUUCAUUGCAAACCUUGUCUUUCUAGCGGGAAUCUCUCAGACAGCGAACAAGGCUGGCUGUGCAGUGGUAGCAGGAAUCUUGCAUUUCUGCUACCUGGCAGCGUUUUGCUGGAUGUGUCUGGAGGGCAUUCAGCUGUUCAGGAUGGUUGUCCUCGUCUUCAACACCACCUUUAAAACCCUCCACAUGAUGGCAGUUGGCUAUGGUGUUCCAGCUGUUAUCGUUACCAUCUCUGUCUUAGCUAAUUCUGGAGGAUAUGGCACUAAGAGAUAUUGUUGGCUAAAUCUGGAAAUCAUUUGGAGUUUCUUCGGCCCUGUCUGUGUCAUCAUCAUUAUAAACAUUUUCUUCUUUCUCAUAACUGUGUGGAAGUUAGCACAGAAGUUCUCAAGUUUAAACCCUGAUCUUGAUAAUCUGCACAAAAUAAAGGCAUUCACCAUUACUGCAGUGGCACAGCUGUGCGUUUUGGGCAUCAUGUGGAUCUUUGGUUGUUUCCAGUUUGAGGAAAGCACUGUAGCCAUGUCUUACCUGUUCACCAUUUUUGGCAGCCUUCAGGGUGUUAUGCUCUUUAUCAUGCACUGUCUGUUUUCCAAACAGGUGAGAGAAGAAUAUGAAAGCAUCCUGGCCAGAUUCUGUGUGCCUCAGAAGAAGAGCUACAAAGAGUUCAAUUACUCCAGCAAAGCUCAAGCAUCCAAGAGCAGCCAGGACACAGGAGAGUCUCCCUUUUCUCUGUCUUUCUUCCUCGUCAUGGUGCUGUUGGUAUCCGCAGGCUGCAAUCCAGGAUUCAGCAUGAAGAAAAAACAAUGCAUGGCUCUGUCUUUCUUCCUCAUCAUGGUGCUGUCAGUAUCAGCAGGCUGCCCUAAAGGAUUUUCAGCAAAGAAAAAGGAGUGCAUUGAUAUUAAAGAAUGUUUGGAAAUCAAAGACAUCUGUGGAUCUAACGCCAAAUGUGUGAAUAUUAUCCCCUAUUACUCGUGCACCUGUGAUGAUGGAUUCAUUUCUACUACUGGGAAUAAAAUCUUUCGUCACGAUCAAAAUGCUACAUGUGAAGAUAUUAACGAAUGUCAUAAAGGAAAUCCCUGUGGUCAGAAUGGAUUAUGUAACAACACACAAGGCAGUUAUUACUGCAUCUGCAACGCAGGGUUCACUAACUAUGGCAACAAAACGGCACGGUGCACUGAAUUAAACUGUGAUGUUUUCAAAGAUAUAAAUGAUGUGAAAGAGAGAUUUCAUAUUGCAGAUGGCUUAGUGAAUUACAUGGAAAAAACCUGUCAGGAACUCACAAACAACAAAAGACCGGUAGAGCUGAAUGGAGAGGAGACUCUAAAGAGAUUCCUGAAUAUGACUGAUGAGCUCUUGUCCAGUGCAUUUCUUAAUUAUAAAAGGAAAGUUUCAGACUUUCUUGACUUGGUGGGAAAUGCUCUGAGACUCAUAGGACCCUUCACUAAUUCUUCAAGGAUUUAUAUCUCCUCAACUCAGACAGAGCUGGACAUGUUUGUACACAAGGGGCCUGUUAUACCUAAAGGAAACAUAACAUUAUCAACUAAGCAUGCUAACUUGGACAUCCAGAUGGAGAUAGCUACUGGAGAUCCUGCCUAUUACCCCGGCUUUACAACAGUGUCCUUGAUGAGUUAUUCAAACCUGGAAAACUCUACAGAUGGCUUCUUUAAUGGAAUGAAAUCACAAAAGAACCAGAGCUUUAAGAUAAACUCCAAAGUGGUGACUGUCACUGUCAGCAACAGAAAUACAAGCCACCUCAAAACGCCAGUUAACCUAACUUUAAACCACCUAGAAGAACAGGCAAAUCAAACAUUCCACAUCUGUGUGUUCUGGGAUUCCUCGGUGAAUGGAGGAUCAUGGUCUGAUCGUGGUUGCGGUGUGGCAGAGUCAAACCUGGAAUAUACUUCCUGUUCCUGUAACCACCUGGGAACCUUUGCUAUACUCACGGCUUACAAUGAAAUUAAGGAGAAGUUUGAAUUUCAUCUGAUCAUAUGGGUGUUCCUGUCCAUUUCACUGAUUUUCUUAUUCAUCUCCAUCUUGACAUUCUCAAUGAUCCGCUCUAUUAAAAGUCCAAGAACCACCAUCCACCUGCAUCUCUGCAUCAGCCUCUUCAUUGCAAACCUUGCCUUUCUAGCAGGAAUCUCUCAUUUUGAGAACCAGGAUGGCUGCACAGUGGUGACAGGGAUCCUGCAUUUUUCCUAUCUGGCAACAUUUUUAUGGAUGUGUCUGGACAGUGUACAACUGUUCAGGAUGAUAAUGCUUGUUUCGAACACCAACUUUAAAACCCUCCACAUGAUGGCAGCUGCCUAUGGAGUUCCAGCUGUUAUUGUUGCCAUCUCUGCCUUAGCUAAUUCCAGGGGACAUGGCACUGAGAGAUACUGUUGGGUAACCCAGGGAUUUAUUUGGAAUUACUUUGGCCCUGCAUAUGUAAUCAUCAUUGUAAACAUUUUCUUCUUUUUCAUAACUGUAUGGAAGUUAGCACAGAAGUUCUCAAGUGUAAACCCUGACCUGGAUGACCUGCACAAAAUAGAGGCAUUCACCAUUAGUGCAGUGGCUCAGCUAUUUGUAUUGGGCAACACCUGGAUCUUUGGUUCUUUCCAGUUUCAGGAAAACCAUACAGCCAUGGCUUACCUCACCAUCUUUGGCAGCCUGGAAGGAGUUACACUCUUUGCAGUGUAUUGUCUGUUUUCCAGGCAGGUGAGGGAAGAGUACAAACAUGCCUUGACCAGAAUGUGUGCUCCUCGGAAGAAGAGUGACAGAAAAGCUCGUGUUUCGAAGAGUGCCCAGGAUACAAGAGAAUGUCAACUUUGAGGAGCUAGAAAGUAAUCACCUGCCGGAUAAAAACUGCUGACAUGUAUAUUUCAGUUUUUGUACUGGACAAAUAUCUCUUAAGCAAUCUUAUAAAAGUGGAGGGAUGAUGACUUUGUAUACUUGCUGAUAUCUGUAGAAUUUCCCUGGUCAUUUCUGAAGCGGAAAUUUCUGAAGAUGUCAAAAGGGUUUUUGUACUAGGCUGUAAAUAUGCUUUUUAAUGCUAUAAAAUUUGCCUUUUUAACAUAGUCUAUGCAGACUGACUCCCCUUUUGGAACCAACUUCUUGUGUCAUCUAGAGAAACUGCAAUAGUUGCAAUUUCUGCUUUGACUUCAUUUUCAAGCAGCCGAGGUUUACCCUAACCUCAGUCAUAUUUACCAUCACCCUGUUGUUGGUUAAACUAAUCAUCUUUUUUUUUGCCUGAAUUUAUAUUCAGUUAACUGUUGGUUCUGUAAUGUUGUUGUGUUACCUACCACUAGUUGGGGCUCCCACUCCCUUCUCUGUACAGGGAAAAUAUAAAGGGUGCAGCACUUGAGAAGUUCUAUGUAUGCUUUCAGAGUAAAUUGAAAUAUAACCACUCAGCAGAAACUACAUGCAACAUUCGGAUGCUAGCUCACCAGAAAGGAAGGCUGAUGGUGUUUGCAGAUAAGACUACUAACAGUAACUUCACUCAGGACACACAUCUGGCAUCCUGUGUUUGAAAUAUUAUGAACAGUGAAGGUUGAACAGGUUGACCAGGUUCAUUUUUCUUUUGUGUAAUACAGUUGCAAAGAGCAUUUAUAAUGUACAAAUUAAGAAAUAUGAAUAAUUAGGUAUCCUUGUUUUGAAUGAGAGCUUUUAUGAUUUGUUUAUAUUACAUUUUGACACCAAUAUAUAAUUUAUGUAAUAUCUAUCUAUAUCUAUAGAUGCAAAUAUAUAGACAUGUAUAAUCUGCAACAUGAUUUUUUGAAAUAACAUUGAAUAAAUGAAAUCUGUGUUUGCAACAA